AUGAAGUUCAUUCCUGGUUGUCUCCUGGCCGUGGCCUUGCUCGGCUGUCUGGCUGAUGCUCAGUAUCCCAAGCAGAUACCUCAGAAGAGGCCCCGGCAGGUCGCACGGGUGACCCAGACGUUCCCCGAGAGGCCCCAGACGUUCCCCGAGAGGCCCCAGAAGUUCCCCAAGAGGCCCCAGACGAUCCCUCAGACGUUGCCUCAGUUCCCUCGGCCGCACCCCAGUGAUCGCCCGCUCCCGGAUGGAGCUCAGCAUUGCCUGGUGACCGAUGACGACAAGAUACCAUGUGGAGCUCCGGCCAUCGCUGACUCAGAUUGUGAGGCUAUCAACUGCUGCUUUGAUGGAAGAAGGUGCUUCUACGGCAAACUCGUGACUCUCCAGUGCACCAAGGACGCCCAGAUCAUCGUGGUGGUGGCCAAAGACGCCACCCUCCCGAACAUCGUCUUGGAGUCCAUUAAUUUCCAGGCAGAGGAAGAAAAGUGCAAACCCGUUGCCGUCACUUCAGCUUUCGCCAUCUACCAGUUCCCCGUCACGGCCUGCGGCACCAGCCUGAGGGAGGAGUCUGGUGUUUUCAUCUAUGAGAACAGGAUGUCCUCCACCUCUGAAGUCUUGUCUGGACCCUCCGGAAUGAUUACCAGGGACAGCAGCUAUGAUCUGCUUAUCCAGUGUAAAUAUAUCGGCACCUCAGUUAAGGCCGUGGUCGUCGAGGUCGGCACUGUUCCUCCACCGCCCCCGGUUGCAGCUUUUGGACCUCUGCACGUGGAGCUGAGGCUGGCCAACGGACAGUGCACUGCCAAGGGAUGUCUGGGAGAGGACGUCGCCUACAACUCCUUUUACGCUGACUCUGACUUCCCCGUGACGAAGACGCUCAGGGAUCCCGUGUACGUUGAGGUCCGAUUGCUGGAGAGGACCGAUCCCAACCUCAUCUUGACUCUCGGAAGAUGCUGGGUGACUGAUAAACCUGAGCCUCUGGGUUUUCCUCAGUGGGACUUGCUGGUUGACGGGUAA